AUUCAGAGUAGUCGAAGAAGACACGCGUGUUGUUCCUGUCGUGGGGUCUCUCCAGUUUCUCGCUGCACCGCGGUUUUAGCAUAUUUCAGCAAUGUCUAUUGAAAUAGAAUCAGCUGACGUGAUCCGUCUGAUCAUGCAGUACCUGAAGGAAAACAGCUUGCAUCGGGCUUUAGCAACACUCCAGGAGGAGACGACGGUGUCGCUCAACACAGUGGACAGUAUUGAGAGUUUUGUGGCUGAUAUCAACAGCGGUCACUGGGACACUGUACUGCAGGCUAUACAAUCCCUCAAACUCCCAGACAAGACCCUCAUUGACCUUUAUGAACAGGUUGUUCUUGAGCUGAUUGAGCUGAGAGAGUUGGGAGCUGCCAGAUCGUUGUUGAGACAGACGGACCCCAUGAUCAUGCUGAAACAAACACAACCUGAGCGAUACAUCCACCUGGAGAAUCUCCUGGCUCGCUCAUAUUUUGAUCCCAGAGAGGCCUACCCUGAUGGCAGCAGUAAGGAAAAGCGUAGAGCAGCUAUUGCUCAGGCUCUUGCUGGUGAGGUCAGCGUGGUGCCACCCUCACGUCUCAUGGCCCUGCUUGGACAGUCUCUGAAGUGGCAGCAGCAUCAGGGUCUUUUGCCUCCUGGUAUGACCAUUGAUUUGUUCAGAGGUAAGGCAGCGGUGAAGGACGUAGAGGAAGAGCGAUUCCCCACACAGCUGAACAGACACAUCAAGUUUGGGCAGAAGUCUCAUGUUGAGUGCUCGCGCUUCUCUCCUGAUGGUCAGUAUAUGGUCACUGGAUCUGUUGAUGGAUUUAUCGAAGUUUGGAACUUCACUACUGGAAAAAUCAGAAAGGAUCUGAAGUAUCAGGCGCAGGAUAACUUCAUGAUGAUGGAUGACGCCGUGCUGUGCAUGUCUUUCAGUCGAGACACUGAGAUGUUGGCCACAGGAGCUCAGGAUGGCAAAAUUAAGGUGUGGAAGAUCCAGAGUGGUCAGUGUCUGCGGCGGUAUGAGCGUGCUCACAGUAAAGGCGUCACCUGCCUCAGCUUCAGUAAAGACAGCACUCAGAUUCUCUCUGCCUCAUUUGACCAGACCAUCAGGAUUCAUGGGCUGAAAUCAGGCAAGUGUUUGAAGGAGUUCAGAGGUCAUUCUUCAUUUGUGAAUGAAGCCACUCUUACUCCUGACGGCCAUCACGUCAUUAGCGCCUCUUCCGACGGAACUGUGAAGAUCUGGAACGUGAAGACCACAGAAUGCACCAGUACGUUCAAGUCUCUGGGCACCUCUGCUGGCACAGACAUCACCGUCAACAAUGUGAUCCUGCUCCCCAAAAACCCUGAGCAUUUUGUCGUGUGUAAUCGAUCUAACACUGUGGUCAUCAUGAACAUGCAGGGCCAGAUUGUGAGGAGUUUCAGCUCUGGUAAGAGAGAGGGAGGUGAUUUUGUGUGCUGUACUCUGUCUCCACGUGGAGAGUGGAUCUACUGUGUCGGAGAAGAUUUUGUGCUGUACUGUUUCAGCACAGUCACGGGCAAACUAGAGAGAACCCUGACUGUUCAUGAGAAGGAUGUAAUCGGUAUCGCCCACCACCCACACCAGAAUUUGAUCGCCACGUACAGUGAGGAUGGACUCCUCAAACUCUGGAAGCCAUAAACAAUAGUUAUGUGAAUUCUACAUGGGUCCCCUGAUUGGUUGGGGCUGGUAGAAGAUAUUUCCUACUUUUUAGCCCUUUUUUAUACAUACCCAUAAGUGCAGUGGAUAAUUUUCAACUGGGCAUUUUCUUUUUGAAGCAUCUAUAACUUAUGGCUACAAGUUUUGUUCUUUAAGUCCAACAUUAGAAAAUCAGAAUAAUUGUACAUUCCUUCCCAUUAAAAUAUGUCUGACCUUUACAAUUAAAA